CUCCCUCCAGGCUCGCCUCUCCUUAGUGUACAAAGUAAAUCUGUGAGGUGGAUUUGUAACUCGGGUAUACCUUUGGGGACCGCUAAGUCUUCCCUAAAAACAUACGUUACUCGGUGGCUUUACUGCGUGGAUUCGUAGUUUGGCGCUUCUGUUUCUUCAGUGAAUGUUGAAUUCUUGGGCACUAUUUGAUAUACAGCUUAAUUGUAGGUACUUGUUUUCAGGAAUAAGGUAAUACUCACAAUCUUGCCACAGCCCACAUCCAGAUAAUCGUCUCAGAGGAAAGACUACCUCUUCAAAGAAGACCUGAGGAAAGUGAGGAAAGAUUUUAUCUGAGGAAUCAUGUUUCCUUCCUCGCGUCCUUCUCCCAUCCUGUUUUGUCUUCUCUUGACCUUGAUAUCACUGGCGACGAACAUCAGAGCCCAUCUUGGAAGCUGCGAGGACCACUCUCCCGAAUGCUCCAAAUGGGAGUCCUGGGGCUUCUGUGACACCAAUUUGAAAUUCAUGGCCCAGAACUGCCCCGUCACCUGCAACGUCUGUCUAGAUCCAGGCUGCUUCAACAGAAUCCCAUUCUGCGAUUCUUGGGAACUGGAGGGAUUCUGUAGCCGUUAUGCUGACGUGAGGAGGCUGUGCCCCCACUCCUGCGACCUCUGCCAAAUUCCUGACGAGUUCUUGUCAAACAACACCAGAAGCAUCGCUCGGCCAGAGUUCGACUGCGGGAGACCUGUAAAGGAAAGUGGACCAAGUUUAGAAAGGACAAAACGACAGGGCGUCGCUGGUACUGUUUUUGGAUUGGAUGUUGCACACAGCAGAUCUAGAAGACACGACACAGGACAUCCUCAUGUGCACGUGCACCAACACGACGGAGAACACGACCACGUACACGAACACGCACACGCUCAUGUACACGAUCACCAGCACGAACAUCCCCACGUUCAAGCCGACGCCGACUCCGUACACGCCCACGACCCACCGAGCGCCCCAAUUAAUUUCGGAAAGGACCACUGCUCCCCUGUCCUGAUACACGAGAGGUUCUUGCUGAUCGCUGCCCACUGCGUCCUCGAUCCAGAGAGUCCUGUUCGAAAGAUUCGCCUGGGCAGCCUCAACCCCGUCGAUUAUGAAGUGUUGCGGGUCAUCGUCCACCCUAACUACAAACUGAAUUCCCACGAGAGAUACAACGACGUCGCCCUUCUGGAGACGAAAGAGACCGUCCAAUUCGGCGAGGAGAUUUUUCCCUCUUGUCUGUCAGACGAGAGACCUCCUGUUGGCUCUGUCGUCACAGACGAAGCUUCAGUACCUGAAAAAGUGAAUUCUACUGCCGCGGCCGGUGAGGGUAACGAUCGCCUAGAAAUAGUCCAAUCGGUUAAGUGCGAAAACCUUUACAAAGACCAGGAGAUGUUGGACUCCCUGAGAACUGAGUAUCCUCGGUUCGUUCAGCAGACAGACAUGUUUUGCGCUGACUUUCAGGGAAAUAGUACAUGUGAGAAGCACACUAGAGGACCUCUCUUCCAAGACGUGUCUGAACGUCGGUUCCUCGUCGGUUUCGUGAGCAAAGAUGUCUUAUGCAACCAACCUAAUGCCACCAGGCUGCCUGGAUUUUACACCAGCGUGGCAGACCAUAUUGACUUCAUCAACAACAUCAUUUACCCUUAGUUUCAAGCCGUGAUUUCUGUUUCGCAUCAAGAUGGGCUUAAAGGGAGUGACUGAGUUGCUUUCGUAGACUUAGAAAGAGGAGUUUCAAUACACAAUUCUAACUCUGGAGUGAUUCAUUAAUAUGGGAAGAUCUGAAGGGCGAAUUAUAUUUUCCCAUUUUCAGGUUUGUAAGUUAGUGCUUGUUAUGAUCGGCUGAUCUCGCUGAAACGUAGUCAACGCUUUUGGCUUGGGUUUGUUGACUUAAAUAUGUCUCUGAGAACUCGUGUGUGUGUAUGCGUUGUUUUUCUCAUCUGGUAAUUUACAGUAUACCUGUAACAAUCAUGAAUUGGACAAUAACUUCCUAAAGAGCGUGUAUACUAUAUAAUCAAUGUAAGGAUUUACAACUCUAUUAAAUGAUUUCUCCAAUAAAAUUUCUAACUGUU